GUUCCCUGCCUCACCCGCCAUGGUCUUCCCUCUGCCCUGGCUCUCCGGACAUUGCUGCCGCCUCCUCCUCCUGCCAUCCUGGCCCUCUGCACUUCAGGGCUCCUGGAGGCGCUUCUCCCAAGAUCCCAAGGCAAGUACAGAAGAGACCAGCUCUACAGGCAGUGGGAAGAUGUCACCCCCCAGGGACCCCCAGCCUCAUCCCACAGAUGAGCUGGCCCAGGCUGAGGAGUUGCUGGAACAGCAGUUGGAGCUAUACCAGGCCCUGCUGGAAGGUCAAGAGGGGGCCUGGGAAGUCCAGGCCCUAGUGCUCAAGAUCCAGAAGCUGAAAGAGCAGAUGAGACACAGGGAGAGCCCGGGAGGAGACGCCUAAGCUUUCCACCAGUUUGCACUUCACCCUCCAACACUGGCAAUACUGCAUACCACUCUCCCCAGCCCUUCAAUCAGGAACACCCCAGCCUCUCUCAGCCACUAAGAAAAUGGAAUCCUCCACAAAGGGCCAGGAUAUGGAAAGCAGUGAGGAAUCACGGCCUCUGCAGUCUUUUCAGUCACAUCCCCCA